UAUUUUCGAGGUCCUGUCAUUAGAGCAGUUUCCCUGACGCGUCUAACUAAAACCUGCAAUUACUGCACGAAAAAAAAAAUCAAAAAAAAUCUCAACACUACGUUUCUUCGGGCAGAUGUCACGUAUUUAGACUCUGGAAACAGAAACGAAGAAUGACAAAUAAACAAUUAGUAGAAAGGAGACAUAUUUUAAAUUACCGCUCGCUGGCAAGUUAAUUUGCAUCGCCUCCCUUCCGCCCGGACAUAGAACUCGAGCACCCUCUCCGGGCUCAGCACGCCGGCGAUACUGGAGCGGGACCUGGGCGUCAGAGGCACCGGGAGCGCGGGGGUGUCCAUUUCCAUACCCGGACUGGUGGCAGACAGCAUGGCUGCGGGGAAAGGAGCUGCCAAAGGCGCGUCGCUUUGGGACAGCAUGCGGCUGCGGUUCAUCGUAUGUUUCCUGGGAGUCUUUGUGUGCUAUUUUUAUUACGGGAUUCUACAAGAAACAAUCACUCGAGGAGAUUAUGGCCAGGGAGACCAGAAGGAGAAGUUUAGAUUCGCCCGGACGUUGGUGUUCAUCCAGUGCGUCAUCAAUGCUCUCUUUGCAAGGAUCUUGAUCCAGUUUUUUGAGGGAUCCAAGCCGGACUCCACCAGGAGUUGGCUGUACGGCCUGUGCUCCCUCUCCUACCUGGGAGCCAUGGUGUCCAGUAACUCUGCCCUCCAGUAUGUCAACUACCCCACGCAGGUGCUGGGGAAAUCCUGCAAACCCAUUCCAGUGAUGAUCCUGGGCGUGAGCAUCUUAAGGAAGAGGUACCCAUUGGCCAAGUACUUGUGCGUGCUGCUGAUUGUGAGCGGCGUGGCGCUCUUUCUCUACAAACCCAACAAGAGCUCGGGGGUCGCAGCCGACCACAUUUUCGGCGUCGGGGAGAUUCUCUUGCUGGUCUCUCUGACGCUGGACGGCUUGACGGGCGUGGCCCAGGACCACAUGAGGUCUCGCUUUCAAACGAGCGCCAACCAUAUGAUGCUCAACAUCAACUUGUGGUCCACUGUGGUGCUGGGACUGGUGGUGUCGUGUACAGGCGAGGUGUGGGAGUUCCUGAGCUUCACCGAACGCCACCCGAGCAUCUUGUACAACAUCCUUCUCUUCGGGCUGACCAGCGCCUUGGGCCAAACCUUCAUCUUCAUGACGGUGGUGAACUUCGGCCCGCUGACCUGCUCCAUCGUCACGACCACGCGGAAAUUCUUCACCAUCCUAGGCUCCGUCCUUCUUUUCGGAAACCUCAUGAGCGGCAUGCAGUGGUUCGGAACCGUCCUGGUGUUUCUCGGUCUGGGAUUGGAUGCAAAAUUUGGCAAAGGCCCCAAGAAGCCACAUUAACAACACACCAUCACCGCAGUACGGAUGGAAAGCAUCUGAAGCCAGCACCUUAAUUACAGUACAGCCUCUCGGGACUGUAGGCUGCAACUUCAAUUACCUCGUUUUUAACGAAAACCAAGACCGUCCUUGUCAGUCAUGUUCAGUUCCAACAUUUCAUGGGAUCUUAACUUCACUGAACAUCAUCAUGUUUAACAUAUGUCCGCGUUUUAUUUCACAAGCGGGCCAUAAAGGACAAAAAAAAUCCCAGCAUUUCAGUUGAAUACUCAUCUGAGUGACACCAUGUUGCUUGAACAUGUCUUAUUAUAUCAUGUAGUGUAUUUCUUGGCACUUAUAAAAUAUACAAUACAAUAGGUAUAAAUA